CUUUGCUUUGUUGGUUUGUUGCACUUGUUGGGUGCAGAGUACAAGAUUUGGUCAAGGGAAAGGGAACCAACAAUGAUUUCAUUUCCACUGUGGCUCUUCAUGGUGGCACUGAGUGGGCGUUCCACUGCAGUACACACUUUGCCCGCCUCUACAGUGCCAGCCUCUACAGCCUCUACAGUGCCCGCCUCUACAGGUUGUUCUACGUCUACACAGGUGGUACAACAAGCAGCUGCCGAUAUAGUCUUCCUUCUGGAUGGAUCUAGGAGUGUGUCACCAAAUCAGUUCUUGAUCAUGAAAACGUUUGUGAAGAAUAUGACCAGGAGUCUCCUGCCUUAUAACACCUUAUUUGCCUUUGCACAGUACUCCAGUGAACUCACCAAACAUGUCAACUUUAAUCAGUAUAAUAAAAGAACAUUUGAAAGUCAGGUGAACAGUAUCGUCCAGAGUCGUGGAGGCACAUACACCGCAAGGGCUAUUAAGAAAGUUGU